GGGCCCGCGGCCUGGCUGUGGGGUUGGGGCUCCCAGACUUCGCGCCUCAGGUUCUCCUCGGCCGGAGCGGGAGGAGCUGCGGGCGGUGAUGAGGGAGGGCGGAGGAACGCGAGAUGGGGGUCGCUGGCCGGCCUUGUCCGGCGGACCCGAGGCCCGCGGUCCCGCCCAGGAGGCCCCGCGGCCCGGCGCGCCAGGUGGGCUGUGGAAGUCGAGGCCUGGGGGAGAGGGAAGCGCCUUCGCGGACCAGGCUUGGAAGGCCCAGGACCCCGGGCCCAGCUCCCACCCGCUUACCAUGCCCGAGCAGGGCGGUUCGCUCCGGGGCCGAGGGUGCUGCGUGGCCGCCCGCCCCUUCUCCGCCUCAGUAUUUCUCUUCCAGGUGGGCGGUCUUGCCGGCCCCGGAAGUCUGAGAAGCAUGAAGCUCCUGGGUUUGGUGGCCGUGGUCGGAAGUCUGCUGGUGCUCCCAGCCCAAGCCAACAAGAGUUCUGAAGAUAUCCGGUGCAAAUGCAUCUGUCCACCAUAUAGAAACAUCAGUGGACACAUUUACAACCAGAAUGUGUCACAGAAGGACUGCAACUGCCUGCACGUGGUGGAGCCCAUGCCGGUGCCCGGCCACGACGUGGAGGCCUACUGCCUGCUGUGCGAGUGCAAGUACGAGGAGCGCAGCACCACCACCAUCAAGGCACAUCCACCACUUGAUAUUCUUGGGACUGAGGGUGAUGGCGUGGCCUGGGGGGCUCUGCAUCAGGUCAUCAUCGUCAUCUACCUGUCGGUGGUGGGCGCCCUCCUGCUCUACAUGGCCUUCCUGAUGCUGGUGGACCCUCUGAUUCGAAAGCCGGACGCCUACACUGAGCGGCUGCACAACGAGGAGGAGAACGAGGACGCGCGCUCUGUGGCGGCUGCCACCUUCUCCGGGCCCCGGGCGAACACAGUCCUGGAGCGCGUGGAGGGAGCGCAGCAGCGGUGGAAGCUGCAGGUGCAGGAACAGCGGAAGACAGUCUUCGAUCGGCACAAGAUGCUCAGCUAGGCAGCAGUGCCGCCGGGCCACGAUCAGGGCAGGGCCGGAGGCCACACGGAGCUGGCCACUCUCCCCACUCAGUGCUGCCCUCUGGGUCUCCCCCUUAAAGCCCGGGGCGUUUUUCCUUCUCUCUCUGUUUUGACAUGUGCUCAGCUGCAUAAUCUAGGAAGAGCACUGGGCCCAUGGUCUCGGUUUGCCUGCACAGGUGGUCUUCGGGGGGGAGGGCUGGGGGCCUCGGGACUGGAGCGACCCUGUCACCUUGCUCCCUCCUCGCCACCCUCCCGGCUCCAGACCUUGGGAGCUCGGUCAUCAGGAGCUGAGUGUGGGACAGGAAGGCACGGCCGGCUUCCUCCCGGCCCGACUCCUCGGCCCUGGCCCGGCCUCACUCCAGCCCUCGGGACGGCUCUGCUGGGAAGGCUGAUGCCACAGCGCGGCCGUCGUCCUCAGGGCACACCUGGACGCUGUUCCGGCUUCUCUCCCCCUUCCUCUUCUCCCAUCAAUGCAGGGAGAACCAAGGACCCUGCUCGCUCUGCCUCCUGGCCCCCGCUCCCACUUCGGAAGCCAGGCAGUGCCCCCCCCACCUCCCGCCCCGGUCUGCAAUUGCUGAGCCGUUGGUGGGACCACAGGACCCCGAGGCCGAGUGGUGGCUCUGAGCACCUGGGCUCCUAUCCACAGACUGACACUUGUCCCUGAAUUUCAUUGUACCAGUGCAUGGAGAGGAGUGUCAUCCUUCUCUUACCUGUAAAUCGAGGAAGCCGCCUGAAA